ACCAACGUCGGUAUAAAUAAAGGUUCCCGCGUUUUCUUGAUCUUCUCCCCUCUUCUCGUCUCUCUCUUCAAAGGCCAGUGGAAGAAGAGAAAGGAAAGCAGCAAUGAAACGCCGUUAUAACGGCGGCAGCUCUAACAGGAAUUCCAGAAAAGGAAAGAAGCGACGGACCAAAAAAACUUCUGUAUCGUUGAAUCUCGACUUAGAAGACCAUUUGCCGUCGUCCGAUUUCAGCUACAACAGCGACGAUGAUGUUCCUUACCGUCCGUCGGAAGGAAUCGACAGUGAUGAUUCACUGACGUUCGGUUUAGAUGAUCUGGAACCCGAGAAUGCCGUUCCUUUCCGAAGGAGAUGGAAGAAGAGGAACGGAAGAGCAUGGAAGAAGAAGAUGAGAAGGACACAGAAGGCUUCGAUGGAUGGAAUCAACGGCGGUGAAGAAGAUGAAGAGCUGGAAGAGAUCCAUUUUGGUGAUCCUUCUUGGAAGGGAAAGAAGAAGAAGAAGGGGAAGCAAGCGAGAAAAGGUAGAAAAGAGGGAGACCCGCCUUUGAUUUGGGAGGUUUUGGAGGAGGAGAAUGAGAGAUGGAUUGAUGCCCAUGAAAAUGAUGACCCCAAUCUUGAUGAUCACGGAGAGACUGUCCCGGAAAUGGCGGACCCACCGCCGGACCUUGUCAUGCCUCUACUGAGGUUCCAGAAGGAAUGGCUGGCUUGGGCCGUAAAACAGGAGGAAUCGUCCAUCCGAGGUGGUAUUCUUGCAGACGAGAUGGGUAUGGGAAAAACCAUCCAAGCAAUUUCGCUUGUUCUUGCCACUCGUGCUUUUUGCCCCACAGACCUUGACUUUGGAAGUCCCUCAUCCUCGUCUUUUUGCCCCACAGACCUUGACUUUGGAAAUCCCUCGUCCUCAUCGUCUCCUGCAUUGCCCAAAAUCAAAGGGACACUGGUUAUCUGCCCAUUGGUCGCUGUAGUUCAGUGGGUGAAUGAGAUUACAAAGUUCACAUCAGAAGGGAGUGUCAAAGUUCUUGUUUAUCAUGGGGCGAAAAGGGAGAAGGGAUUCGACCAGUUCUUCAAGUAUGACUUCAUUCUUACUACUUACUCCAUCGUUGAGGCAGAUUACAGGAAGAAUAAUAUGCCACCCAAGGAGCGAUGCGUUUGGUGUGGGAAAUUGUUUUAUCCCAAUAAAAUGACUAUCCAUUUGAAGUACUUCUGUGGGCCUAGUGCUGUUAAAACUGCAAAGCAGUCAAAACAAGCCAAGAAGAAGCAUGUGGGAAAUGUUGGCAGCUCAAAAAAGAAAUUUGAUGUCAUCGAAGAAGAAGAAGAAGAUGUGAACAAUGACAACAAGGUUGGGAAAGGGAAGGGAUCUGCGAAGGGUAAGAAGCCAGGCCGUGCACCUAAGAAACCAGGCAUUAGAUCUUCUAAUGAUAAUUCAGCAGCUAGAAGUGGAGGAUCAUCGGCAAGGAAAUCAGUUUUGCAUUCUGUGAAGUGGGAGCGGAUUAUUUUGGAUGAGGCUCAUUAUAUCAAAGAUAGACGUUCUAGUACUGCAAGGGCUGUUCUUACUCUACAAUCUUCAUAUAAAUGGGCUUUGAGUGGGACUCCCCUUCAGAAUCGUGUCGGAGAACUUUACUCACUGAUCCGCUUCCUUCAAAUAUCCCCUUACUCAUAUUAUUACUGCAAGGAUUGCGAUUGCAAGUCGCUCGAUUACAGUUACACAACUGACUGUCCGAACUGUGUUCAUAAAGCUAAUAGGCAUUUUUGCUGGUGGAACAGAUAUGUUGCUAAACCGAUACAAACUUCUGGGUAUGUCAAUGAUGGUAGAAGAGCCAUGGUCUUUCUAAAACACAAACUCCUGAAAAGCGUAGUGUUAAGGCGUACUAAGAAAGGCAGGGCUGCAGAUCUUGCACUUCCACCUAGAAUUGUUUCUUUGAGGCGGGAUUACCUGGAUAAUACAGAAGAAGACUUUUAUGAAGCAUUAUAUACUCGAAGUCAGGCACAAUUUAAUACAUAUGUUGAAGCGGGAACCCUGAUGAACAACUAUGCUCAUAUCUUUGAUCUCCUUACACGCCUGCGGCAGGCAGUUGACCACCCUUACCUUGUUAUCUAUUCUAAAACUGCGUCACCACCUGAUGGAAGUAAAAAUGUUGAAGAACAGGAGUGUGGCAUUUGUCACGAACCAUCUGAGGAUCCAGUGGUCACCUCGUGUGAGCAUGUCUUCUGUAAGGCUUGUUUGCUGGAUUACUCUACAGCAUUGGGUCAGGUUUCAUGCCCAUCAUGUUCAAGACCACUUACUGUUGAUUUAACAACAAAGAGGAGUCCAGGGGAACAGAGUCCUGUGACAACUGUCAAGGGUUUUAAGCGCUCAAGUAUUCUUCACAGAAUCCAUCUUGAAGACUUUAAGACAAGCACAAAAAUUGAAGCUUUGAGGGAAGAAAUCAGGUCCAUGGUUGAAAGGGAUGGUUCUGCCAAAGGAAUUGUAUUCAGCCAGUUCACUUCAUUCUUGGAUUUGAUAAACUACUCCCUUCAGAAGUCUGGCAUUAAAUGUGUUCAGCUGGUAGGGAGUAUGAGCAUGGUCGCUAGAGAUGAGGCAAUAAGGAAAUUCAGUAAUGAGCCGGACUGUAAGAUCUUUCUGAUGAGCUUGAAAGCUGGAGGUGUGGCCCUCAAUCUCACGGUGGCAUCAUAUGUUUUCUUGAUGGACCCUUGGUGGAAUCCGGCUGUGGAGCAACAGGCUCAAGAUCGAAUUCACCGAAUUGGACAAUUUAAACCAAUCAGAACCAUUAGAUUUGUGAUUGAAAAUACAAUCGAGGAGAGGAUUCUGAGGUUGCAAGAGAAGAAGGAACUGAUGUUUGAAGUGACUGUUGGAGGUUCUUCUCAAGCUAUGGGACGACUAACAGAAGAAGAUUUAAGAUUCUUGUUUUACAACUAAACAUGAGGAUGGAAUGUAGCAAGCACACGAGCGUUUCUUUCCAACGGUCUCCUUUUGUUACUAAUGAGUCAGUGAAAGCAUGUUAGCAAAAUUGCUGCAUCAAGUUAUACACCAUGGAGCAAAGUAUAUGGGUGUAUAUUGGGAUUUUGUACUUCAAGCAGUUCUGGUUUUGGGUCAUUCGAAGGCUGUUUAAGAUAUGGUGUGUUCAGAUGUUGGCUUUCGCAUUUCACUUUAUGCCAUUUUGGGAAAGAAAAUGCAUUUAUACGCAGUAUUUGAUAUCUGAGGCCUUCUAUUUGCCGUUGGAUAUAUAACACAGAAAUCGUAGUUUGUAUUGGGUUUUGUGCAGAUAUGCUUAUGAAUCCCCAAGUGCACCAUAUGCAUUUGAAUCCCAUGAUGGAAAUACAAGCAGCCUGAUGACCACUAAGUGUAUAUAGUGAUGAAUAUCAACCUCCAGCUCAUUGCUGUUCGUAUAGAAUACCAAUUGUAUCUUAUUGUCUCCUUGGAUA